AUGUGGCCACGUCUACAAGGCCUCUCUCUCCCUCGCUCGCUGCUACAAGCUGCAUUUCCCCUCUCCUCUCCCCUCUCCUCUCUCCCCGUGCAGGCGACAUCGCAUCUGGUGAAGGAGGUGGUGGAGCCCAUGCUGGACAGCUACAAGCCUCCAGGAGUGUCGUCGCUGGCCUUCAAGCGCUUCAAGCUCGGCAGCAAUGCGCCGCGCAUAGAAGGUGUGAAGGUGCAGCGGCUGGUGGAGCAGCAGGUGAUGGUACCAUGGACUUGUGGGUGUGGGGACAGGGCCUUAGGGCCUCAACAAUUCAACUAUCCCACUCCCUGCUCAUGCCGCCACAUCCCCUCCCUGCUCUUCUGCUGUGUACCAUGUGCCACACCACAGGUGUGUGUGAAGGUGCAGUGGCUGGUGGAGCAGCAGGUGUUGGUUGACAUAAACCUGAGUGAAGGUGCAGUGGCUGGUGGAGCAGCAGGAGUGAAGGUGCAGCGGCUGGUGGAGCAGCAGGUGAUGGUGGACAUGAACUUGUGGGUGGGGGGCGGCUCAUCAAUCAUCCUCGCCAUCGCCAGCAUGGGUGUCAAGAUGCACGUGCAGGUGAGGGCUGGACAGGUGCACGUGCAGGUGAGGGCUGGACAGGUGCACGUGCAGGUGAGGGCUGGACAGGUGCACGUGCAGGAGAGAUGA